GUUAAUGAUGUUCCCCUGGAAACACUGGUUUGUGGAGUUGUUUGCAGUGUUCACCUUCACCGACAGCUAAUAUUUGAUCGUGAGGUUUGAUUAUUUCGUAUCUGGAGCAAAAUCGCAGUGCAUUUUUAUUUUGGAUGUGCAGAAAUAGUCAUCUUAUCAAGCUGGCGGUGUUUUUAGUUCCGGAUAAUGGCGGACUUUGGCCGCUACUACAAUGAGCAUGAUGACCGAGUGGGUGGCCCUCAGUUCCGUAACCGUAAAAGUCAUGGGCCACCCAGGGGACGCGUGUACAACGAACGUGUACAUCAGAGACCACGAGGGGGUCCCGCAGGAGGCUUCGGCCCUGGUUCCUCGGGCAGGUUUCUGGAUGAAGCUGGAGAUGUCAACAUGAACUGUGGCCAGGAUGGGACUUUCCAGGGGAGAUUGAACCCAUGUGGCCGGGCCAACCGACGAGGAGAUGGCCGAAUUGCUCGAGACAGAAGUGGAGGAGUCUGGCGGUACAGGCCAGGUGGAGGAAGUCAGUUAUUAGGCAAUGCAGAAAGACAAGGAGGUGCACCAAUCUCAGGAAAAUCCAAAACCUGGCACAAAAUAACGAUCCCUUAUGGCAAGAAAUAUGAUAAGAGCUGGCUUUUGAGGUCUCUGCAGAAUCUCUGCCCCAUACCUUUUACUCCAGUACAUUAUUCCAUGGAGGGGCAGAAAGUGCAGUUCUAUGUAGAGGAUGACAACACUGCCAGUGCCCUGCGCAGUCUGUCUCGCAGGAUCACAGAUAAUGAAGGAUAUAAGGUCGUUGUGAUCACUAACCCCUGUUCUCCACCAUCCUUCCUCCGGAGUGACCUGAAAGACCAGGACUUUGAACACUUAAAGCAAUGCAUGUCCAAGCGAUUUGAUACCUCAGAGCAAUUUCUUGACCUGAACAGCAUUCGCAGCGAUCAAGAUUUGAUCUCUCAGAACAUCGAUGUGAUUUUGAGUAGGAGGAGCUGUAUGGAGGCUGUGAUGAAGAUCAUUAAAGAGAAUAUCCCACAACUAACUGCGCUAAACCUAAGCAAUAACAAGCUCUACAAACUGGAUGACCUUACAGAGCUGGUGAACAUAGCUCCCAAUCUAACGACUCUCAACCUGUCCCAUAACGAGUUGAAGUCUGAGCGGGAGCUGGAUAAGCUGAAGAGCUUGAAACUAACAGAGCUGUGGCUGGAUCUCAAUCCUCUGUGUGAUCACUUUACAGACAAGGCAACAUAUAUCAGUGCUAUUCGUGGACGAUUCCCCAGGCUCCUCAAACUGGACGGCCACAGUCUUCCUGCGCCGAUAGGUUUUGACGUUGAAACCCGCACUGCAGUUCCUUCUUCAAAGGGCAGCUACUUUGUUUCAGCUGAAGUCCAAGAAUUCAUUCUGCGAUUUCUGCACCAAUACUACAGCUUGUAUGACUCGGGAAACAGACAGCCUCUGCUGGAGGCAUAUCAUGAUGAGGCCUGCUUCUCCCUCAGCCUUCCCUCUUCCAUGUACAACCUCUCCAAGUCUAACUUGGAAGAAUAUCACAAUCACAAUCGCAACAUUAAGAGAAUUAAAGACCCUGUGACGCGGUUCCGUGUAUUGAAGCACACUCGACUGAACGUAGUUGCCUUCCUGAAUGAACUGCCCAAAACCCAGCAUGACUUGGCCUCUUUCAAUGUGGAUGUCAACACAUGCACACCAACAUUACUGGUGUUUACAGUCAGUGGGGUGUUCAAGGACAUUGACGUCAAGUCAAAAGAAUCUACUCGUGCCUUCUCCCGGGUCUUCGUUGCAGUACCGGCCAUGAAUAACGGGCUAUGUUUAGUCAAUGAUGAACUAUUUGUGAGGAACGCUACCACUGAAGAGAUCCGCCGUGCAUUUGCCACACCCGCCCCGACCCCGUCCAGCAGCCCUGUGUCCUCCUACUCUCCCACCCAGCAGGAGAUGAUCUCCACCUUCUCCCAGAAAUCUCAGAUGAAUCUCGAUUGGUCCCAAAAGUGGCUACAACAGAAUGAAUGGGACUUCAAUCGAGCUGUACAGCUCUUUACAGAACUCAAGGUUCAGGGCUCCAUAUCAGAGGUCGCUUUCACAUAGUGAAGAUGGAUCAGAAUAGUUCUGUGUUUAGCAAAUCAAAGUGCUGUGUAAAAUUAAAAAUAAAAAGACAAGUUGUUUUUUUAUUUUUAUUAUUAUUAUUAUUAUUAUUAUUAUUAUUAUUACAUUAUUUGAUAUUGUUUUCAAUUUUUUUUAUGGUAUUGUGGCUCAGUCUGGACUGAGAAUGAACACUAACAGCACUUCUGUUACUGUUGUGUUUUAAUUAUUUUAUUUGUGUUCAGGACAUCCAUUGUUAGAUAGAGCAUUAAAAAUCUGUGGUUUGUGGUUGUACAUCCUUUUUAAGUGUUUUGGGGGGGUUGCAGCCAAAUUACUUGCUGUUUUCUGGUUUUUUUUACUGGGGGGUACUAAAGGAGUGCAGCGGACUGAAGCUCUCAACUUUGGUUUAUGUAAAUGACAAAGAGAACUAAGCUGUGGUAUUGUAAUUUAAUGGAAAUUAAAUCAUAGCAUGGCAUAGUGGUGGUGAUAACAUGAUACAGUUUCAGAUUGCCUUACAUAUUUCUUAUUUCAGUCAAGGAAUUUUUACCUGUUAUGUAUAUACACAAUUAAAAAAAUUGUAGCAAAA